AUGCGCUUCUCCGUCCUCGCACUCGGCCUCAGCCUGGCAGCUGGCACCCUGGCUCUCAGUGUUCCUGAGCAGCAUCCAAUGAAGGUCGAUCGUCCUGUUCAUACCAUGGAUGGGUGGAGUUACGAGGAUUGUGGACUUGAUACCGAUCCUGUUCAGAUCCAAUCCAUUGAAGUCUUUCCCGACCCUCCCAAGCCUGGUGAAGACCUGACCGUGCGGGUCAAGGGGACCACCUCGGAACCGAUAGUGGAUGGGGCGUAUGCAGACGUAGUGGUCAAGCUCGGUAUGGUCAAGCUCUUGAGCAAGACAUUCGAUGUGUGCGAUGAAGCGCGCAACGCAAAUGCCUCUCUUCAGUGCCCAGUCAAACCUGGAGAAUAUACUGUUGAGCACACAGUUGCACUUCCCAAGGAAAUCCCAAAAGCCAAAUUCACUGUUGACGUCAUGGGCUUUAUGAACGAAGGGGAAGAGGACGAAGACCCGGAGCCCAUGUUAUGCCUUAGGUUGAGGGUCGACUUUAUGAAGAAUCCUUUCCCUCAUAAAUUGUGGUAA